AUGGCUUCGUGCGAGCAGGUGCCCGACUUCAUGGUGCGAGAUGAUUUUAUAAACAAUCAGCUGAAGGCGGAUCUGCUCGCGGAGUUGGGCCAAGAGAGGCUCGCAGCAUUUCAGGGUGGCGCACUCCGAGGCACUGUUAACGCUGGAACUGGCUUCGCCACCUCGGUAAAUUUGCCAAGGCGGCUUGCUGAAGAGAUUCGUGCAUUGACAAGCGGGAACACCUCUCCAGUGUGUCCCGGCGACGGCCAUGUGUCUGUCCCAGCUAUGAUGAGCAUAGGCGAUGUGGAGAACCAUCGCGACUCCUGGGGUGGCCGUCGCAACUCCGAAGUUCACAGCCAUACGGUUAUGGUGUGGCUGCAAGGUGCAGGCUCCCAGCUCAUCCUUCGAAGCGACAGUCAGUGCCACGUCGUGGAAGCCUUGCCGGGAAGAUUGGUGGCCUUCUCCAAUCGCGUGUACUCACAUUCAGUGCGACAAGGAAUCCCCGGGACAGCCCGGGUAAUGAUCGGACCCAUGGCUUGGCACAGCUCCGGCAGUUUUCAGCCAGUGAUGGCGGUUGAAUGGGAACAGCCACAGAACUGUCAAGAGUGGACGCUUUGCUGCUGCGUGAUGUGCGGCUUCUUCUGCUUGGCAUCCGCGGGCCAGUGCUGCUUGCUUCCUGUACUUCUUCUUCGGGCAGCUCUUGGAGCUGUUCGCGGCGCACUUGCAGGGGCUGUCUUGGCGCCUGCCUACUCUUUGGCCUAUGCAGUGACCGCGCUAGUGUGGACGCCACGGGUCUUGUGCCGGAGUUGCAGGGCGCUUCGCACUGAAUCCUGUUGUAUGGCGCUCUUGUCGCUGUUGCUUCUUCCCCUUCGUGCUCCUGUGAUGCUGGCUGUGUCACUUCCAGCCAUCUUCCUGGUCACGAUCAGUUGGGUAGCGAUGUCUGCAGCCUUCUACCCAGAGUACAGCUGUUGGCAUCUAGCAGUCGGAGGCCAGAUCAGGCAAGGUUACUUUCCAUCAGAGAAUGGGCAAAACAGGGAGGAGCUUCUGCAGAACAUGUUCCGAGACAUUUGGAGAUAUCACCGUGACUUUGACUUUUCGCCCUGGGAUGCCAGUCCUCGACCUUCACCUGUAGUGAUCGGAGCAAGCGAAGACCAGGACCACAGCAUUGAUCCUGCAACUUCCGUGUCCUCACUGACCUGGAGGCAUCUCGUAGGCGAGUUCAGCAUGAAGGAUGUUUGGGACGCCUGCUUGAAGCGCGCAGUGGCCCUUGGCGUGGAACUUCAUGCAGCAGGACGAAUCUCCACAGAUGAUCUGGAAGGGAUGGAGCCAUUCCUUUUCCUGGGACUUCCGGCAGUGGCUGUUGUCCAGUUGGUGCGGCGAUCAGCAGACAAGAGUGGCCUCGUUUUCGACGAAGACAGGAUGACAGUCACAUCUUCCAAUCGACCACACAAUGCAUUUGCAGACGGUAUUUGGCAUUCUGCAAUGCGUGCCAAGCGAGCCUUGAUAGAGUCACUGGACCACCGGUCUUUGAACGACGUGGACGUGGAGUUCUUGGAGCUUGCAGCUCUCAAUCGUCCUUCAACCGACCUGUCACAACUGGAUCUGGACAUGGCGCGGAAGCAGCAACUGAACGCCGUGGUGACAGCCGCAGUUGAGCUGGCCAUCUUCGCAUCACGCUCAGCUCAGUUCAAAGCCUCUAUGGGCUCCGUACUUCAAGAGAUCGUUGCGAGAGUUCAGCCUGAAACUGCUUAA